AUGGUAGCUGAUGUGGAAGAACUUAAAGAAAAGCUCCUCAGCGAAGCAAUCAACAUUACGAGGAAGCGUAAUUUAAAAUACUCCGAGGAGUCUGAGGAAUUUGAGGUGUUUAACCCCGGGGGUCGAGGUAUACAUGGGGCAGAUGGAAAGAGGAAUGGUGUAUUGGUUCGUUGUAGGGUACCAAAUGGAGGAUAUGUUCUAUGUCAAAUUGUCGAAGCGUGUAUUCAGAAUCAAAGAUUUUAUAUCUCUCGAUCUCAAUCCCAGUCUGACUACUUUCACUCUCGCCCUCCACCCCAAACCACUUUGAUCUCGAUUUCAACCCCCCAAAAAACGUUUUCUGAGGGUUCAAAAGUCGAUGAGGCCAGCAGGAGGAAGCACAUGUUCCUCCCAACAAACCCAGAAGGCUUCGGUCAUGACUGGUCGGAUCCUAACACUGGUAGCGAUUGGUGGGAGGAUGAAGAAGUGACCAAUCCAGUAGCGACAGACAUCACUUCAGACUGUCGGAUUCUUUCCCAUCAGUCCAUUCCCCCUGAGCUCAAGUCCUACAUCGCCACAUUCUGCACCCCAGCAACACUAGCAAACUUAGCUUUGGUGCAUAAAUCCUUUCAAGAAGAAUCUGAAGCAAUCCUCUAUAAACAGCUUGAUGUUUAUAUCAAAAAGACAGAGUCUACUUCGAUUUGGAGUACACUGAAAUUGCACCCUGACAAAGCCCUCCUCGUGCGGUCGUUAGCAAUAUGGUUCCGCCCGCCAUGGGACUCUCAUAAUGACGAUGUGCCUAUCGCGUAUACUGAGCUCUUUUGUUGUGCUCUAGCGAAUAUGCAUGGCCUUGUGGAUUUGCGGCUGCAUCUCAGUCACCGAGACGUCGAAUGGCAAGUACGAAUAACGGCGGUUCUGAGCAAAAAGCAUUUCAACUUACACUCGCUGCAUUGCAGCCAGUUCUUUGAUCUCUGUGCUAUCACCGAUGCUCAGUCUGACACACUCCAGAUUCUAGGCGGAGUCUGGGUUCUCAUGGAAACCUAUCUCCGAUUGUUUUAG